UGCAAAUGGAGCGGUUUUCCCAAUCUGUGUUACAUGUACACCAAAUUUAAAUCACAUCAACAUAACAGGCUGCAUCUCUGCUCUUGACGAAGUAGAAGUUUGAGAUAAAUUUAGGAAACACCGGUCAGCAGAUGCAGCACACACCCUCAACGCACGUAGUUCGCAACCCGCACGGCAGACGCAGCUUACGCGAACGCAAACAGACGAACGUAAACAAAGCACUCGACCGGAGGUGCUUCUCGGCCAGUGCAGAAGGGCCGGCUGAGAGAGAGAGAAAAACAAGUCAACAGAAAAGAGAAAAGAGAAAAACAAAGUCAACGGGUUUAUAGUUGCAAGAAAUUCCUUCAACAUGUGGCCAUUGGUGAUAAACGUGCUGAGGACAUAUGCUCCUUACAUCACUUUGCCUGCUGCAGCUGUCAUAGGGUUUGUGGGGUACAACAUAGAGAAGCACUUCCGCACCCCUCCACCCAACCGCCCGUCUGUCGAAGAGCAGCGGAAUGAAAGACUUUUGAAGGAGAUCCUGGAAACCAAGGAAGCAACACCUGCACCUCUCAGCGAAAAGACUUUUGUUCCAAAGACGAUAUUUGAGAAAAAUGUGUCACCUUCCUUAGUGAAAGAGGAAUGAGGCUGUGACUUCUGUAGGCUGAAUAUGUGAAUAAUUAAUACCUCUCAAUAUCGCUAUUGUAUUUAUUUUGUGGGGAGAGAAUGUCAGUGGAAGGAGCCAUAUUAUGGACUGCUUGCUAUAACUUUUUAAAUUCAGGACCCAACUCACUUUUACUAUUCAGUAUGGGCAGGGGAAGGUAAAGAAAGAGAAACUGAGAUGUUCUUAUAAGUUGAAAUUGAAGAAAGUUCUCCCAGUAUAACAAAUUUAACUCUCUCUUAAUGGAUGCAGGUAUUAGCUUAAGGAGUGGGUCAUGAAAGUAUGUACAGACUCAGCAAUACAUCAAUAUUCUGUUACUGUUCUAUAAUAUAUUUUGAAUAAUCCCAUUGCUUUAUAUUUGUCCUUGUCACAACAACAGUACUAAUAAUGUAUAUUGUUUAGUACAAGACUAGAUGCCCUUCCAUGUAAGAAUGGAGUCCUCUUUCAAAAGCAAAUAGAGAGAGAGAGGAUGGGGAAAAGUUGAUUAUGUCCACAUAGAAAUGAAAACUUUAAAAGCAUAGUUAUUCAUGUUUACUCAGAUGUUGUAAUAAACUUUAUUCAUAAAGAAGGUGCUAGGCAUACAAAAUGAUAUUUCAAAUUAUUGUUAUUAUAUCAUGAGAACAAAUUGAAUAUUCAGUAUAUUUUUUAGCCCAUUCUGUUGGUAGUAAUCAUAAGCUACAAACUGUUCUGAACUAUUAAUAUCAAGCAAGUAAUGUCUAAAUUUUUCUUUAAACCAUCUAGUAUAAUAAUUUCCACAUUUUCUUCUAGAUUAUCAGCUAAAUGAUUCAAAAGUUUUCUUUGGAAGUCUAAAAUGAGUUCAUAAUUUUACACCAAGCGAAAGCUCCUUCGUCACCAUGCCGUUUUGAUUGGAAUUCCAAGAGUAAAAAUGAGAUUUGGUCCUUGAUUGUUUCUCUUUAUUAUUUUUUUUUCUACACUGAUUCCUUUUUUUUUGCUUAUUUUCCGAUAUGCUCUUCUUGUUACUCUUCUCCGUUUUCAUCUGUUUUUUUCUUCCCAUUAUUUGUCUUCUUCCUUUUGUUGUUGUUGUUAUUAUUAUUAUUAUUAUUAUUAUUAUUAUUAUUAUUAUUAUUAUUAUUAUUAUUAUUAUUAUUAUUAUUAUUAUUAUUAUUGUUAUUAUUAUUGUUAUCAUCAUCAUUAUUAUUAUCGUCAUUAAUAUUAUUGUUGUUAUCACUGCUAUUUUUAUUAGAAGUAGCACUAUGAAUAUUUUUAUCAUUAUUAUUAUAAUUUUUGGGUUAUACUUUAGAGGCAAAACUCUUAAAAAAAAUGUCACAUUGAAAUAGUGUAUAAUAAUGGAGCAGGUUAAAUGUCUAAUUGCAUAUCUUAUGUUUUCUAUUGGAUAAGCAUGCAUAAUAUAUAAGAACUGUAAAACUGUAUUGAUGAGAGAAAGAGUAAUAAAAAAAUAAUAAAUCAAGGUGUAAUAGAGGUGCUAAUUUUUAAUUAUAAAAAUAUUUUGGAAUUCUUAUGGGAAUAAGCUACUUUGGAGAGUGAAUGUCUCUGUUGUGCAUGGUUUUAUAGAAUCUAUUUUAAGGAUACUGUAAAUAUUCUUUUAGGUGAGAAAACUUUCUGUUUAAAGAAAGGAAUGAUUAACAUGUAAAUAUAAAGAGUUUGAAAAA